AUGGAUAUUCAAGGCGGCGAAGAUCCGGCUCCGAUAUGGGCUGACGAAAUACCACCUGGGCCUCCUCAGAUAGAAACCGCAAUUCUGAUAGCGAUCGACGACGCUCUUACUCGACUAAACCGCCUGGGUGUCACAAUUCGCCAGUCGAGUCGUCCCCAGAUCGAUGCGAGAGCCACGAAGUUCGCCGCAGGCCACGAUCUAAAGUCGUUCUCAUACAUGUGUGCGAAUGCCGUACAGUCCUUGUAUCCGGGUGCUCACCAGUCUCUCAAAGACUAUCUCAGCAAGUCAAUGACUGACAGAUAUGCAAGGAUGUUGUUCUUCAAUGCUCGACAUAAGAAGCUCGAGACUCGUCGGGAGACGCGAAUUGGGCUCUCGCCUCUUCCUGAGAUUCCGAGUAACGAGACCCAAGCCAUGCUCUCUAUUACCCAGCCGGCAAGGACCCUCAAAGCCAAGGUUUUAACUAAUCUCGCGAAAGCGUCUGCUGCACCCUCUCUAUCUGACUUAUUUAGCGUCAACAUCCAACAGAUCAGGAGCCGGCUCAGAGCACCAGAUGAAGCGUCGAUAAAGUCUCGCAAAACCUCGUCGAUUCAAGUCAACCAACGUAAAUAUCCACCACCACCUGUUGCCAACGGGGACAGCAAUAUCUUCGCUUGCGAGUGGUGUUCUGAGCCGCUCAGUAUGAAAACGCUCUCAGAAAGCAAUUGGCGUAACCCGGAAGCACUGCACUUGCAUUUGUCCGAAUCCCAUAAUAGCGAUUUCCCAACCGUACAGCUGCCAGCUAUUUCACGGCAGAGCGAGACGGAACAGCCGAGAGCUUGGAAGGAUUGUCUUCUAUGUUGUUUCCCACUAGAGGAGCAAGGAAAUGACGGGGAGGCGGUUAGAAGCCAGAGACCACGGAUCCUGGUAUCCCCAGCUUAG